CAAUGACACACAAUGCACAUUAUGUCAUUCAAACGUAAGAUCGUGUAAGUUACGCAUGCGUAUAGGACACAUGUGUGUUGGACCAAUAAUGUUAGCCCACGAAACUUUGUUGUUGUGUUCGUGUCUCAUCUAUUUAGUCCAGUCAAAUUCGUUCAGACUUAUCAAAUAUUCCGCAAUGAGUGCAGAAUUUCAGUGAUUUUUCUUGAUAAGCGUUUAUAUUUAUACGUGCAAUGAUGAACAGUAUAUUCGACACGAUGUUAGUGAACAAUAAUUUAGUGAAAAGAAUAACCCCAUGUAUACUGUUAUUACUAUUAGAACAUAUAUUAGGUGUAUGUGAAGCUGUUUCACAGGCGGAAAUAAGUAAUCACUUAGAGUUAGGCAAGCAAUUCUUAGCUAGAGGACAAUUAUCCGAUGCCUUGACACAUUAUCAUGCAGCUGUUGAGGGGGAUCCAAGGAAUUAUCUGACAUAUUUUAAAAGGGGAACUGUUUAUUUGGCCCUAGGAAAAUCGAAAAAUGCUCUCAGUGAUUUAGACAAAGUGCUUGAGCUCAAACCAGAUUUUACAGCUGCAAGAGUGAGCCGUGGUGAGGUUCAUCUCAAACAAGCCAACUAUGAUUUAGCUCAACUGGACUUUUAUAAUGUGCUGCAAGUGGAUCCAUAUAAUGAAAAAGCCAAUGAGUUAAUACAUAGAAUUGAUCCAGCUAAGGAGAGAGAACAGUUGGCAAAAUAUUACUAUGGCAAUAAUGAUUAUAACAGUGCUAUUCACACUCUGUCUGAAGCAAUUGAGAUCAGUCCACAGGCAGCCAGACUUUAUGAAUUAAGAUCAGAAAUGCAUAUGGAAAAUAAUGAUUUCUUAUCAGCUGCAGCUGACAUUAAAGCAGCAACGAAAUUGCAAUCAGACAACACAGAUGGCUACUUUAAGCUGGCAAACUUGUUAUACCAAAUGGGCCAUGCAACAGAUGCCUUAAAGUCUAUAAGAGAAUGUUUAAAAUUGGACCCAGAGCACAAGGACUGUUUCCCAUUAUAUAAAAAAAUCAAGAAAGUUGAGAAAUUCUUAACUCAAUCAGAGACUUACAAAGAAGAAGGCAACUUUGUGGAAUGCAUUGCUUCUGCUGAAAAGGCGUUCAAAAAUGAAAAGGAUGUUCAAAUGAUCAUUUUGGAAUCGCAAAAGUUACUUUGUCAUUGUUACAUGAAGGAUGAACAAACUUCUGAAGCAGUCAGUGCUUGUUCUGAUGUGAUAAACGUCCAACAAGACUUAAAUGUUUAUUGUGAUAGGGCUGAAGCCUACAUUAUGUCAGAUCUCUUUGAUGAUGCCAUAAGGGAUUACAAAUCUGCAUUAGAAAUAGAUCAGAACUUUGAAAGAGCCAAAGAGGGUUUACAGAGGGCACAGAAACUGCAACAACAGAGUGAGAGGCGAGAUUAUUAUAAGAUCUUGGAUGUAAAAAAAUCCGCUACGAAAAAAGAAAUUGUUAAAGCAUACAGGAAACAAGCACAAAAAUGGCAUCCAGAUAAUUAUCAGCUAGAUGAAAAAAUGAAAAAGAUUGCUGAAAAGAAGUUUAUAGACAUUGCUGCUGCCAAAGAGGGUCAAAUAGAUGACUGCUCAUGCAACGUAGAUAGCCUUGACAAUUUUAAUAACAACAAAAUCUACCCGAGAUUGCAAAGUCUGCUCACAAAAGACUAUUUCAGAUUUUACAAAGUAAAUUUGAAGAAAGAUUGCCCCUAUUGGGCGGAUGACAGUAGAUGCGCAAUGAAAUACUGUCACGUGGAGGCGUGCCACGAGGAGGACAUUCCUGCGGGACUGAAAGCCGUCGUUGCACCACAUAAUAAAUAUACGAUGGAGAGUUGCGAGGACGAUGUUGAGCUUGGUUUUCUUAAUAAAACAUUGAGCGCCAAAGUCAUAGAAGAUUUUGUAUUGUGGGAAGUAUACGACGAUUCUCAAGAUAAUUUUUGUAUAAUCAAUGAGAACGACAGCGAGUCUGAAUAUGUGGAUCUACUAUUGAAUCCGGAAAGGUACACCGGCUAUAAAGGAGAUUCGGCACACAGAAUUUGGCAUACCAUUUAUAUGGAGAAUUGCUUCAGACCAACGCGAACCAGUUUUCACGCUUAUAUUCAAAACGAUAAACUAAGCGGCAUGUGUUUGGAAAAGAGAACAUUUUACAGGGUAAUCUCUGGUUUACAUGCCAGUAUCAAUAUUCAUUUAUCAGCAAAAUACCUCUUAUCGGAGAAGAAAGGUUUAGGCCUUAUAUCAACACCGAUAUGGGGUAGGAAUGUAGAGGAGUUCCACAGAAGGUUUGAUCCCGAGAACACGGACGGAGAAGGUCCUAAUUGGAUAAGGAAUUUGUAUUUCCUUUACUUAAUAGAAUUGCGGGCAAUCGUCAAAGCUUCGCAAUAUCUGCAGAAGGAAGAAUUCUACACGGGUAACGAAGCAGAAGAUUGGGAUACGCAGCUUGCAAUCAAGGAUUUGUUGAAUGUGGCAAAUCAAUUCCCAAAUCACUUCAAUGAACGAGCGAUGUUUGCCGGCGGAGAUGAAGCUCAGAAAUUGAAGUUAGAAUUUAAAAACCACUUCCGGAACGUCUCCAGUGUAAUGGACUGUGUGGGAUGCGAUAAGUGCAAAUUAUGGGGAAAACUUCAGACACAGGGUCUGGGCACGGCUCUUAAGAUAUUAUUUUCUGGUAAAUUUGAUGACCAUAAUACUCCCGACAAUUACAUUCAUAAUUCCAACAAAAAAGACUUCCAGUUGCAGCGUAGUGAAAUAGUUUCAUUAAUAAAUGCCUUCGGUAGACUAUCGGAAAGUAUUUUCGAAUUAAGUGAAUUUCGUAAAUUUUCUAGCUGAUUAAUAGUUAUUAUUUAUAUAAUUACAAAGAGAGUACUUAUACAUCACUUUUAUUAUUUUUCUAAUUAUAAUUUAA